UGGCGGCUCCCACUCGUGCCCCGGAGUCCCCGCCGGCCGCGGAUCCGGCUCUCGCGGCGGGUCCUGCCGAGGAAGCUGAGUGCCCGCCGCCUCGCCAGCCUCAGCCCCCGCAGAAUGUGCUCGCUGGCCCGCGGCUUCGAGCCCCAAGCUCCCGAGGACUUGGGGCAGCGGAGUUUGGCAGAGCUGCGGGAGAUGUUGAAGCGCCAGGAGAGACUUUUGCGCAACGAAAAAUUCAUUUGCAAAUUGCCCGACAAAGGUAAAAAGAUCUUUGACUCUGUUGCCAAACUGAAAGCUGUCAUUGCAGAAUGUGAAGAGGUGAGAGGAAAGAGUGAGCUGUUUCAUCCUGUUAGAGUAGACUGUAAGCCAAGGCAAAAAGCCAUUGCAGGAGUUGAUGUGGACACAGAUAAGGUCCAGAAUUCUGGCCAGAUUCUUGAUACUUCAUCACUAGUUCCUGGCUGUUCCUCUGAAGAUAACAUCAAGUCAUCUAAAACAACCUCACAAAAACAGGGACUUGAACAUCCUACCCACAAAGGCAAUGAAGAGACUCCAGAGGCUGAGGACACAGUGAACAAGGGCCCAGCGUCCAGCAGCAGAGCCAGGGUGUCUUCUUCAUCCAAAGCUAGUGAGUGUCUCCCUCAGCAUUGUUUUUCAAGUCAAGCAGAAGAUAUUUCCAGCAGCUUUGACAACCUGUUUAUUGACAAGUUACAAAGGGUCACAAUUACAGACCAAGGUGAACACCACUCAGAAGAGAACACAAGUGCUGAAAACUUGACAGGCCUUUGUAGUGGAACUCAGAGGAAGCCUCAUUACAUGGAAGUGCUAGAAAUGCGAGCCAAAAACCCAGUGCCCUCACCACAUAAAUUUAAAACCAAUGUAUUACCUUCACAACCAAGUGGUUCAUCUAGUCAUUGUCAGAAGAGAGACACUCCUAUUUCCUCUGAAGAGCGGCUGCGCAGGGAUAAGCAGCAUCUCGAUGACAUCACAGCAGCUCGCCUUCUACCACUUCACCAUAUGCCUGCACAGCUGCUCUCCGUAGAGGAAUCUCUGGCACUUCAGAAACAGCAGAAACAGCAUUAUGAGGAGAUGCAAGCGAAGCUCGCAGCACAAAAAUUAGCUGCAAGACUGAAUAUUAAAAUGCAGAGUUAUAAUCCAGAAGGGGAAUCUUCAGGGAAGUACCGAGAAGUACGAGAUGACGAUGAUGACCAGUCCUCUGAUGAUGAAUUCUGAAGAUGAGCAUUGGGAUAAUCUCCUAAAUGUCCUACUGUUGAGAUGUCGUUAUCUUACAUCAGACUUUCUAGCAAGUAUCAAGAUCAGUGUCAGACAUUGUUGAGGGAAAGAAUUUUAUAAAGUUACACAGAGGUAGCUAUAAAAAAAGCUCAGUUUGUCUUUCAAAAGAUGACUUUCAUGUGCUUGAAAAGUUUAAUAUUUGAAUAUUGUGUUUAAUCACAUUGUAUUAAAGUUUUGCAUUAUGUCA